AUGGGCUCCCGCGGCGACGACGAGGAGCAGCCGGCUGCCGUGCCCCUCCUAGCGGCGGCCUACCCAACUCCGAGCGGCCUGAGACGGAGCCACGCCGGCGACGUUCACCUCCUGUCGGCCGCCUUCCUCUUCGUCUUCUCCGCCUACCUCCCCACGCAGAACCUGCAGAGCACACUCAACACCGAGGGCAACCUGGGCGCCGUGUCCAUGGGGAUCCUGUACGCCUCCUUCACCGUGUUCACGGCGACGGCGGCGGCCGUGGUGCGGCGGCUGGGGUCGAGGGGCGCGCUCGUCGUCUGCACCAGCGGCUACGCGCUCUUCAUCCUCGCCAACCUCCUCCCAACGUGGUACACGAUGGUGCCGGCUUCAGUCUACCUGGGUUUUACUUCAUCCCUCAUGUGGGUUGGCCAGGGCACAUAUCUCACGUCUGUGGCCUUCAGCCAUGCGACAGAGAACAAGCUUCACUUGGGCCAAGUUUUGGGUCGAUUCAACGGAGAAUUCUGGGGAAUGUUUGCAAGCACGCAGGUCAUUGGAAAUUUGAUCUCGCUCGUCGUGCUGGGGAAUGACAAGGAUGGAGGAGGUGCCAACAAGAACCUCUUGUUCACUGUAUUCCUCGGCUGCAUGGUCGUCGGCAUCGUGCCCAUGUGCCUGCUCUCCAGAAGAGAUAAGAGCAGAGGAGAAUCAGACGGCCAUGAACCCCAAGGGCGUUCCUUUCUCGCUGACACGUCGACGUCUGCCGUCACGCCGCUCGCUGACCCGAGGAUGCUCCUCCUCGCUCCUCUCCUCGCCUACUACGGCCUGCAAAAGGCAUUUGUAUGGGCUGUGUUCACCAAGAGUGUCGUGACCCCCGUUCUCGGGGUCGCCGGAGUCGGCGGGGCGAUGGCAGUCUACGGCGCGGCCGGUGUCGUCAGCUCGCUGGUCGCCGGCCGUCUGACCUCCGGCCUCCGUUCGUCCACCUUCAUUGUGUCAACCGGAGCUGUUCUCCAGGCCGGGGUGCUGCUCUGGCUGCUCUUUUUCUACAGUCCCAUGCUCGGGUCAGCAGCUCCGCUGGUCGUCGGCGACGUAUGGGGCGUCGGAGAUGGGAUUCUGAACACGCAGUUGAGUGCGUUGAUCGGGCUUCUCUUCGAGAACGACAAGAAGGAAAAACCCUCACUGAGAUCUUUCGGUGGCCACCGCAGUUAG